AUGAAGCCUCAUUCGACUGCUCUAGUGCUCGCCAUAACAGUCCUCGGCAAGUGCUACGGCUAUGGCGAGUCUACUACAAUGAAUUAUACUUCUUUUAUGCCUUCGACGUCUAGUACCACCUCCUCCUUCACAAGUAUCGAGUAUGCAGCCUAUGUGCCGCUGACGGCCAGCACCACUACCACCACCCGCACGUCAACGAACACUGAAGCGCAAUCCAGGGGCGAAUCAUCACUACUCUACACGGUACCGGGCAGUCACUCUUCCGGAUCGACACCCCGUCACCACGGCAGCAUCAGCGGAUAUGCUCCCGCCGAUGCUGCCAAGUCUGCUUCUACUAGCAACGGUCCACACGCGACGUCCUACCACCCGCGGACCAACUGCACCACCAACAAGACCGCAGCCGUCCUCAUCCCACCAGAGGGCAACCAGCGGUCCUCUUCCAUCGGUCUCAGCGAGGUUAAUGACCAGAGCGAGGAGGAACCCCUCGGCGAGCCCGCCAAAGACCAAGAAGGCAAUACGCUCACGCAGCGCUUCGGGCUCGACGCACUGCAGAAGUUCCUCGACAAUCAGCCCUACGCGCCGUGGCUGUGGCCGCGCCUCGACACGCCCGGCAGCAGCCGCCCCAUCACGCAUUCUUCCGACGAGUUCCAGGACACGGUGUGCACGGGCGACCUCAUCGACCAGUACGAGGAACGCCGCGCGUCGCGGCACCUCGAUUACUUCUGCAACCGCUGGCAGAUGCCCUGGCAGCGCCUCUACGCGAGCACGUCGGGCAGGACGACGCUCUUCAUGUGCCCGUUUGGCGGCCUCCGCAACUGCAGCCUCGCACUUUACCAGGCGGCGAGCGCGCACCUCGACCGCGAGUGCGGGCCCAGCGGCACCGGUUACGUGCACGUUCGCAAGCUGCGCAUCGGACGGGAAAGGCCGUCGUGGAACGUGACGUUUUGCCAGGGGAUUAGCUACUCGCCGCUGCACGACUAUCGCAUCGAACAGAGUGACGUGCUGGUGGACGGCAGGCCGUAUGAGGAGUGGCGGAUUCUGAACAGGAGAAGGCAGAUGAGGAAGGAGCUUCAGCCAAAAGAUAUUAAUGAGGGAAACGACGCGGAGCCAUAA